AUGGUGGAAAAUCUCGGGCAGCCCUCAAAGGUCCAUUACAUGGCCAGGCGGGCGCUCAAUCUCUUCUCUCGAAAAACUGAAGAUGCACAACAGGCGAGAUCACGAGGCUCUGAGGCCCCGACUCAUGCCUCUCCCGCCGCCAUUACGUACACCCCAGAUUCUGAAAAGUAUCAGAGUAGGGCAGCAGCACGUCUGAGAGAUGGGAGCCUCGAAUCCACGCUUCCAAAGGGAUUCCCUGCUGAGUUGGCGGGUGAUUUAGUUUGGGAUGGUGAGACACUUGCGCAAACGUACAACUGGACGUUUGUGCUCAAUGUUGACCAGUUGGAGGAGAUAGAAGCUGGCCUGAGGUAUUUCCAAACCCUCAACCUUCCUCUCGGCCGUAUCUCUGCCGAGACGUUUCCCCUCGCAACGCUCCGUCCUGAGCUCAGGCGGCUAUCCAAUGAACUUCACAACGGUCACGGAUUUUUCGUAAUCCGAGGUAUCCCCGUUGACAAGUACACACGUGAAGAGAACAUCGCCAUCUUUACCGCCCUUUCCUACCACAUCGCCCCCCAACGCGGCCGCCAAGACGGACUAUUCCAAGGAAAACCUGCGACCGUCGUCCUAACGCACGUCACAAACUUGAAAACAUCGCUUAACGAGCAUAUGAUCGCAAGUCCGGCCUACACGACUGAUAAACAAGUUUUUCAUACCGAUGCCGGCGAUAUCGUGGCUCUCAUGGCACUGGAAACCGCGGAAGAGGGUGGUGCGAGUAAGAUUGUGAGUACAUGGAGGAUAUACAAUGAGCUUGCCAAGACCAGGCCCGAUCUAGUGAAGAUAUUAUCUGAAGACUGGGCUGUGGAGGUAUUCGGGAACAGGGGUCGGUGGUUUGUAUCACGGCCUAUCCUCUACCACCAGCCCGCCACGAGAUCGACGCCGGAGCGCGUGGCGCUACAAUAUUCACGCCGCCAAUUCGUCGGCUUCGGGGCGUUGCCGAGAAGCUCAAAGAUUCCGCCCAUUACCGAAGCGCAAGCGGAGGCCCUCGACGCGCUCCACUUUCUUGGGGAGAAGUUCUGCGUGUCCACGGGGUUUGAAAAGGGUGAUAUCCAAUAUAUCAAUAACAUGGCCCUCUUCCACGCCCGAGACGCAUAUCGUGACUCGGAUACGAGAAAGUAA